AUGGGAAGCCGCCGACAGGCUGGGCUUGGAUUUAUAUCCUCCAGCAUCUCGCGCUUGUUAUUGUCACUGCAGCUGCGGCUCUCGGACGGAGCGCUCCGCUUGGCGAGGCGGCGAACGGUGAGGGGAGGGAGGUGACCCCUGCGCGCGGCGAAGCCGGGAGCGCGGCCUGCGACCUGCUCCCUGCCAAUCCGCUCCGGGGUUGGGUUGCAAGGCGGGGAGGGGGCGGAGUUGCUCCGGAACACGCGUCAGGCUCGCAACCUGCGUUCCCACGUUACUUUGCUAACACUCUGUGGUGGCGGUGUUUUUCUCCAGGUCUUUCUCCUCCUCGGCCUGCUUCGCGCCGGGCCUCGGCUUGCAGCCCUUUCGGAGCGCCCCCCUGCCCGCCCCCUCCAGCCCAGCCGCCUGCCCGCGAUGUCCGGCCGAGGGAAGUCCGGCGGCAAAGCGCGCGCCAAAGCCAAGUCCCGCUCGUCCCGCGCCGGCCUGCAGUUCCCGGUGGGCCGCGUGCACCGGCUGCUGCGGAAAGGCAACUACGCCGAGCGGGUGGGCGCCGGGGCGCCCGUCUACCUGGCGGCCGUGCUGGAGUACCUGUCGGCCGAGAUCCUGGAGCUGGCCGGCAACGCGGCGCGGGACAACAAGAAGACCCGCAUCAUCCCGCGACACCUGCAGCUGGCCAUCCGCAACGACGAGGAGCUCAACAAGCUGCUGGGCGGGGUGACCAUCGCCCAGGGCGGGGUCCUGCCCAACAUCCAGGCCGUGCUGCUGCCCAAGAAGACCCAGAGCUCCAAGAAAUGA